GGAAGAGUGGUACUGUGAGGAUGUGCUACCCGGGCGUCCUCUCAGUCCUGUGGCUACUCUGUGUCACACUGCUGGUCUGUCUGCUGUUCUGGCUCAGAAAGAAAGGUCAAGGUGGUGAUGACCUCUCGGCCUCUGAAUGUGACAGCGAGACUUCCUCAAGCUCUGAUCAAGCGGGGGAUGCUGCCGGCUUCAGCUCCAGGACCAUGGCACAACAGGCUCCAACUGACCCCACCAAGAUGGGAGAGGGUCGGGCCAUUGCCGUGCUGACCUCAGGAGGCGAUGCCCAGGGUAUGAAUGCAGCUGUGAGGGCCACAGUUCGAGUGGGAAUUUACACUGGAGCCAAGGUGUUCUUUGUCCACGAGGGUUACCAGGGCCUGGUGGAUGGAGGAGACCAUAUCCGUCCUGCUACUUGGGAGAGUGUGUCAAUGAUGCUACAGCUGGGUGGGACUGUGAUCGGUAGCGCCCGCUGUCAGGAUUUCCGCACCAAGGAGGGACGCACCAAGGCUGCUUUCAACUUAGUUAAGCUUGGCAUCACCAACCUGUGUGUGAUUGGAGGUGAUGGCAGUCUGACAGGUGCCAACCAGUUCAGGACAGAGUGGAGAGAGCUGCUGGCAGACUUGGUCAAAGCUGGUAAGAUCACAGCAAAUGAGGCCAAGGGUUCCUCCCAUCUCAACAUCGUUGGCAUGGUGGGCUCUAUUGACAACGACUUCUGUGGCACCGACAUGACCAUUGGGACAGACUCUGCUCUGCAUCGCAUCAUAGAGAUAGUGGACGCCAUCACUACCACAGCUCAGAGUCACCAGAGGACCUUCAUCUUGGAGGUAAUGGGCAGGCAUUGUGGUUACCUGGCUCUGGUGACAGCUCUGGCCUGUGGCGCUGACUGGGUGUUCAUCCCAGAGAUGCCCCCAGAAGAUGGAUGGGAGGAACAUCUGUGCCGAAGGCUGGCAGAUCAAAGAUGUCGUGGCUCCCGUUUGAAUAUUAUCAUUGUUGCGGAGGGCGCGAUUAACCGCAACGGUAAACCUAUCACAUGUGACCAAAUCAAAGAGCUGGUAUCAAAGAAGCUAGGCUUUGACACCCGCACCACCAUCUUGGGCCACGUCCAGAGAGGAGGAACCCCUUCUGCCUUUGACAGAAUCCUGGCCAGCAGGAUGGGUGUGGAAGCAGUGAUGGCUCUACUGGAGGCCACACCAGAAACUCCUGCAUGUGUCGUCAGCUUGUCUGGAAACAUGGCUGUUAGGCUGCCUCUCAUGGAGUGUGUGCAAGUGACUAAAGACGUCACCACAGCCAUGGCUGAAGGGAGGUUUGAAGAUGCGGUGAAACUGAGGGGAAAGAGCUUUGAGAACAACUGGAACACUUACCAAAUGCUGGCUCACGUGCACCCCCCGGACACAAAGAGUAACAUCAACAUUGCCGUAUUGAAUGUGGGAGCUCCGUGUGCUGGAAUGAAUGCUGCGGUUCGUUCAGCUGUCAGGGUCGGGCUCCUCCAGGGCCACCAGAUGUUGGCAGUGCACGAAGGCUUUGACGGCUUGGCUCAUGGAAUGAUUGAGCCUAUUGGUUGGUCUGGAGUGGCAGGAUGGACUGGAAAAGGGGGCUCCAUGCUGGGCACAAAGAGAUCUCUGCCACAUGAGUUCAUGGAGGAGAUCAGUCUGAGCAUCACUAAGUUCAACAUUCACGCUGUAAUCAUCAUUGGAGGCUUUGAGGCAUUUGUUGGGGGUCUGGAGAUGGUGCAGGCUAGAGAGAAAUAUGAGGAACUUUGUAUUCCCCUUGUUGUUAUUCCUGCUACCGUCUCCAACAAUGUUCCUGGAUCUGACUUCAGUAUUGGUGCAGAUACUGCACUCAACACUAUAACCAUGACAUGUGACCGGAUUAAACAAUCUGCUGCUGGCACCAAGAGAAGAGUGUUCCUUGUUGAGACUAUGGGAGGAUACUGCGGCUACCUGGCAACCAUGGCUGGCCUGGCAUCUGGAGCUGAUGCUGCUUACAUUUACGAGGAGCCCUUCAACAUUCAUGACCUAGAGGUGAAUGUGGAACAUCUGGUGAAGAAGAUGAAGACCACAGUGAAGAGAGGACUGAUUCUGAGAAAUGAGAAAUGCAAUACCAACUACACCACAGACUUUAUCUUCAACCUUUACUCAGAGGAGGGCAAGGGUGUGUUUGACUGCAGGAAGAAUGUACUUGGACAUAUGCAGCAGGGUGGAACACCGAGUCCCUUUGACAGGAAUUUUGGCACCAAGAUGGGUAUCAAGUCUGUGUUAUGGUUGACUGACAAGCUGAAGGAAUGCUACAGACAUGGUCGUAUCUUUGCCAACUCUCCAGACUCUGCUUGUGUGCUUGGUAUGAGGAAGAGGUGUUUGGUCUUCCAACCUCUGGCAGAACUUAAAGACGACACUGACUUGGAACACCGUAUUCCAAAGACACAGUGGUGGCUAAAACUGAGGCCCGUCCUGAAAAUCCUCGCCCAUUACAACAUCAAUCUGGACACCACAGAAAUGGCUGAGCUAGAACAUGUCAUCAAGAAGAAAGGCUUAGUCCAACAUUAGCCACUUCACUGUAUGUGAUUAUUCUUUUCAUCAGGGCCUGAAAUAACCUGAAUGAGUUCUGUUUAAAGCACUUUAUACACUUUGUCUUUGGAAAGUGCGAUAUAAAUAAAGAUGAUAUUUAUAUCACUGAAGCAUACCCAGAAAGUCACACAUUUAACACUCAAAAUGAAUAAACUCAGUGUUUACAUUGCUGUGAGAUAAAACUGGA